AUGGCUUCUAAGAGCAACGCUUCAAUUGCCUCCUCCUCCCAGCACCGCCCGCCAACCGGCAUCGAAGUGCUCUUUGCACUCCGGCCCCCCUCUGCUGCUGCUCCCUCCUCUGCCGCCCCCUCCUCGGAUUCUCCGUCCUCUGCUGCUGCUCCUUGCUCUGCGGUUCCUUCCCCUGACGCUGCUCCCUCCACUGCCGUUGACAAGGGCUCGUUACAAGCACCUUCAGCUACACCCUCCGCUCUCCCUGCUAAGACCUCGAUACAAGCACCGUCUGGUGCUCCCUCCUCUGUUCCCACUAAGCCCUCGUUACAGGCACCCUCCACUGCACCUUCCACAGCCACCCUCACAACUGCCCCCCCUGCUGCAGCCUCCACAGCCCCUCUCAAGAGCGUGUGCAAAGAACCCUCCGCUCCUCCCCCCCCCCCUCCCCUCUUGAAACGCCCGUUAAGGGACCCAUUAUCUACUACCACCACCACAUCCUCUGGCAAGACUGGUUGCUCCUCCGCCGCUGCUGUCACAGCCCCUCACAAGAGCGCAGCGGCAGCAGCCCCCUCUCCUGCCCCCACUGCGCAAUGCAAGACCUCGUUACAAGAACCCUCUGCUGCUGCUCCCUCCGCUGCCCCUGCUAAGAGUGCAUCAGGCACCCCACUUGGUCUUUCCACUGCUGCUCCGAAGUCCUUGUUUGGGAAAGCCCCUGCUGCUCCCGCCCAGGCCCCAAUAAAGCAUUCAUUAAAAGCACACCUAGCUGCUCCCGCCACUGCUUCUGCAAAGUAUGCUUCAGAAGGCGGGAGGUCGGGAGCGGGCAAUGCAGGUGUGGGGAGGGGUGGUGGUGGGAGGGAGGCAGAGGAAGGUCCGUGGAGAGAGGGCGGCAGACUUGGAAAGGGCGCAGAAAGAGAAGGGAGUGGUGGGGACGUGAAGAGCGGUGGGCUUGUGAGGAAUGCUGGGGUUGUGAGGAGUGGGAGCAAGGAAGGUAGAGGGUAUGGGAAUUGUGUGAAGGCUGGUGGCAGGGUAGGGGCAGGGAGAGGUGGAGUGGACGGUGCAGAUGUAGGGAGGGGUGGAGUGAACGGUGCAGAUGUAGGGAGUGCAGGAAAGGUAGACAGGGGAGUGGCGAGAGCUGAUGGUGAGGGGGUAAGAGUGGGGGGUGAGUGGAGAGAGGGGGGCCAGCAGGUGAAGAGUGUGUGGGGCGUGGGGAAGGGGAAGGAAUCAAAGGCUGGUGGCAAGACAGGUGCUGGGUCAGUUGCAGGGAGUGUGGGGAAGCAAGGCACUGGAGUGGGAAUCGGUGGUGGUAAUGGUGGCAACGGGGGUCGAUUGGAGGGGAAGAGACAACAAGAGGGUGCUUGGCUGGCGAAGGGUGCUGGGGGGGCUUCAGGGAAGGUGAAGGGUGUGGGCCCGCCUGCGCAUGCUGUGAGAGUUGGAGGUGUAAGAAAGGAAAAUGUGGGGACAAGUGCAGUUCUCAGGGGGAUGGGCGCUGGUGGUGGCGAGCAGAGAAGAGAAAGAGAUGCGGUUACAGGAAGCAAAGGGGCACCAGUCACAGGAAAGGUGUUGGGAGGGAAGGGGGUUGGAGUGAGGGAACACGGAGUGAGGGAAUACGGAGGGGCGAAGAUGGCACCAACAACCAUAGGCUUCAAACUGGGAGGCAGAAAAUUGGGAGGGAGCAAGAUGGGAGGGAGCAAAGAAGGGAUGAGGAUAGGAGCAGCAAGGGAGAUUGGUGCAAAGAGAAUUUGUGAAAGCAAGGUGGGAGAAAAGAAGGGUUACUCGAGACUGGUUAAAGUUGGAGCGUUGAGGGCAAGAGCAUUGGAGGGAAAGCGUGAGAAGGGGAGAGAUGCGGAGAGGGACAGAUGGAGGGAUGACUGGAGUGAGAAGAGGAGAGAGGAUGGGAGUGAGGAGAGGAGAGAGGAUGAGAGUGAGAAUAGAAGGGAAGAUGAGAGUGCAAAGAGUUUAGAUGAUGAGAGCGAAAAGUGGAGAGGGAAUGAGAGUGGGAAGAGGAUAGAUGACGAGAGUGAAAAGAGGAGAGAGAAUAUGAGUGAGAAGAGGAGAGAGAAUAAGAGUGAGAAGAGGAGAGAGGAUGAGAGUGAGAAGAGGAGAGAGGAUAAGAGUGAGAAGAGGAGAGAUUAUGAGAGUGAAAAGACGAGAGAGGAUGAGAGUGAGAAGGGGAGAGAGGAUGAGAGUGAGAAGAGGAGAGAGAAUAAGAGUGAGAAGAGGAGAGAGGAUGAGAGUGAGAAGUGGAAAGAGGAUGAGAGUGAGAAAAGGAGAGAGGAUGGGAGUGAGAAAAGGAGAGAGGAUGAGAGUGGGAAAAGGAGGGAGGAUGAGAGCAAGGAAGUGAGGGAUGGCAGGAAAGGGGAAGAGUGGGAUGCUGAUACUGAGGCCAGCAGGGAUGCGGAGAGGGAAGGUGGUUUUGAUGCUGGGCAGCGUUUGUUGGGAACGAAUUGGGGUACUGGAGAGGAGGGAUGGGGGAUAGAUGAGGGGGACUGGAAUGAGGAGGAGGAGGGGAAAGAGGAGGACAAGCAGGAGAAGGGGGAGGAUCAAGAAGAGGAGGAGGAGGAGGAAGAGGAAGAGGAGGAAAAGGCUGAGAAGCAGGGGCAAGGAGAGAAAGAGAAGGAAGAGGAGGGCAGGGAGCAGGGAAGAAGGGAAGGGAGUUCGGAGGUAGAAGUCGGAAGUGAGAUGUGUGAUGGAGUCAGUGGGGGCUUUGGAGAAGCUAGGCGGAUAUUCAGUGGUGUUGAGGAUGAGGGUGACCAUGCUGUGAGCCUGAGAGUUAGUGCAGCUGCUCACAGUGCCGCUACCCUCGCUCCUCCUCUCCCUGCUGAAGUGCCAAUGGUGAGAGCGGAUGAUGCAAGAGAAGGGGACAAUGUUGAGGCUGUGGGAUUGACAGCUGAAGAUAGUGAUUCAGGAGUGUGGAUGAUGCUUGAUGAAGUGAGGGAGGGAGUUUUUAGGAAGGACGAGGAGGGAGGGGGGAAGGAAGAGAAGAAGGGAGGGAUAGAGGAACAGGCAAAGGGAGAAGUAGAGAAAGGGGAGGAGAUACGGGAAGAGGAAGUGGAGAAGGCGAGGGGAGAAGCAGAGGAGGAGAGAAGGGAAGAGCAAGAGGAGAGGAGAAGGGAAGAGCAAGAGGGUAGGAGAAGGGAAGAGCAAGCGGAGAGGAGAAGGGCAGAGCAAGAGGAGAGGAGAAGGGAAGAGCAGGAGGAGAGGACAAGGGAAGAGCAAGAGGAGAGAAGGAAAGAGCUAGAGGAGAGGAGAAUGGAAGAGCAAGAGGAGAGGAGACGGGACGAGCAAGAAGAGAGGAGAAGGGAAGAGGAGAAGAGAAUGGAGGAGCAAGAGCAGGAGAGGAGGGAAAAGGAGAAGCGAAGGGAAGCGGAAGAGGAAGAUGAGAAAAGAAGGGACGAGGGAGAGGAUACACGAAUAGAAGAGGUAGAGGAAGAUGAGAAAAGGAGGAAGGAGGGAGAGGAGGAAGGAAGAAAAGAGGGAGAGGAGAAACGAAGGGAAAAGGAAGAGCAGCAAAGGUGGGGAGAGGGAGAGGAGAGCAGCGAUGAGGAGGAGGAGGAGCAGCGAUGGCAACCCCUGGCGAAUGGGCGAAAGGCAGAGCCAAGCAGUGUUGGAGGGGGGGCUGUGGUGCAACACACCCAGGAGAUCGGCGGCAGCUUUCGACCUGUCAGGAGGCAAGUGCUGCGCUGUGCCAUGCAACAGGAUGACGUGCAGGAUGGCAUGCAGGAUGGCAUGCAGAUACAGUAUGACAUGGAUGAGGAGGAUGCUGCCCAAUCCGCCCCCUCACCGCAAUCCACCUCUCUCCACCCAUCCACCCUCUCCCUCUCUCCCCCCCCACCCAUCAGUUCCUCUGCUGCUCCCUCUGCGCCACAGCUGUCCACCAACUCUGCUACGGCGCACGAGGGGAAGGCGGAGGGGGAAGGGCCGGGCGGGGAGUCAGGCCAGAGCGGGCAUGGUGGUGGCGACGGUGCUGGUGGUGCCAAUGCUGGUGGUGCUGCUGCUGCUGGUCAGGGCGUGCAGCUGAGCAAGCAGACAGCAGCGAAGCGCUUCAGGUGGCGCUGUGUGCCGUGCCAUCUCUACGCCCGCGCAUGCAGCAGAGGCGGCGGCACAGCUGCUGCCAACACCUCCCCUCAGCUGCCCCUCCUCACCUGUGCCUUGUGUCGUGUAACAGGAGGAGGUGCAUUCAAGCCGUGCCUGGAUGGUCCUCUGCCAGCCGAUGCCGAGAGGCAUGUAGGGCGUGGGGAGGGAGAUGGGCGUGGAGUGGAGGCAGAGGAGCAGUUGAUGGGGGCAGUGGGGCGAUUGCGAGGAGCAGAUGGGGCAGGGAUGAGAGUGGAAGCUGGUGGGAAGGAGUCGGGAGCGGGGCAGGGGAGGGGCAGGCACAGGCAGGAGUGGAGAGAGAGGGUUGGCACGAAGAGAGAGGCCAGCGGGACGAAAGGAGAAGGUGAGAUGAGCGCAGUGGGUGCUGCUGGUCCUGUCACGCUGAAAGAGGAGCGCGGUGGGGUGAAGGAGGGAGUUGAGCACAGGGCGCUGCAAAGGGAGCGUGGCAGCGGUGGGAGGGAUGCGGCAGGGGAGGAGAAGCAACCGGGCGGUGGUAGCGGCGUUGGUCGGGGCGAACGCAAGCUAGAGAAGCAAGAUGAGAAGGGUGCCCGGGAUGGCAGUGGUAGAGGAGGGAAGAGUGACCUGGGCAGCGGUCAAGCUGACAAGGCCAUGUGUCGAGAAGUCGGUGACAUGUGCCAAGAUGGGAAGGCGAAGGCGAAGCAUCAAGGAGACAUGGACGACAUGCCUCUUGCAUCGAGAGACGUACCACUUGUGUCGAAGUGCAUGCCACCUGCGUUGAGGCACCUGCUCUGGGUGCAUGUGACCUGCGCUCUCUUCGACUGCCAUGUGUUUUUUGGCAGUGCUGAGUCGCUCCAACCCAUCAUGGGUGUGGCAGCUGCUGCAAAGAAGAGGGCAGAAAGCAGACAACAUCUGGCCGCGCCAGCAGCGGCAGCAGGUGUUUCAGGAGGUGCAGCAGCAGCAGCAGUGGCGCGCUGUGCCUUCUGCCAUCAGCCAGACAGCCCUCUCGAUCUGCUCCCCUGCGCCUACCCUCUCUGUGCCACCCGCCUUCACGUCCGCUGCGGCCUGAUGCAUGGCUGCUCCGCUAUUGUGCGAGAGACCGACCUGUACCAGCGGCAGGUGACGGCCUUCUGUGCCGCACACUCUGCAGCUGUGCAGGGGGGAGAGGAGGCAGCGCCCUCUCCCACAGAAGGGCAUGCGGCACAUGUGACUGCUGACCGUGUGGCAGUGCCAACUUCGGACAAAGGCCGUGGUGGGGCUCAGGUGGAGAGGGAGCAGAGGCGUGCAGAUGGAGAGAAGAGGCACGUGGGGCCAGCGGAAGCUGCUUUCGAUGAGACGGCCAAGGAGUGGGAGUCAGGGUUUUGGGGGGAGCAUCUGGGGGCUGUGAGGGAGCACAUGGGGGCGGUGAGGGAGCAUUGGAGGAGGCGAAGGGAGGCGAAUGGAGGCAUGCCGUCGCUGCUUUACCUCGUGCAUGCCCGAAUGCAGCAGCUAGAGGCAGCUCAGCUCACACCAUCAACUCCCCUCCACGAAAACGCCUCCCCUUCCUCCAACCUCCCCAGUCCUUGUGUUGCUGCUGCUGCCCCUGCUGCUGCCACCGUUGAUGGGCAGACAGGUGCUGGUGGUCAUGCGGGUAUGGGUGUGCGGUAUAGGGACGAAGGGAGGGUUGGGAGAGAGGUGAGAGGGGGGGCAUUGGUGGGAGCUGAUGGGGGUGUGGAGGGAGGUGUGGAAGGAGGUGUGGAGAGAGGUGUGAGGCAGAAGAGGUUGCAGGAGGUGAUGUGGGGAGAAGGGGGCGGUGAGGAGGUGGUUGAAAACGGUGGCAAGGUGGUUGGAAACGGUGGCAAGGUGGUUGAAAACGGUGGCAAGGUGGUUGGGGGAGGGCGUGUGAAGCGAGGGAGGAGGCAAGUCGAGGAGGAAGAGGAGGAGGGAGAAGAGGAGCAGGAGGAGGGAGUGGAGGAAGAAGAAGAGGAGAGAGAGGAGGAGGAGGAGGAUGAGGAGGAAGAAGAGGAGGAAGAGGAGGAGGAUAGGCGGGGUGGGAGAGACAUUGAUUUUGAAGAGGAGAUAGGGGUGGGUCUGCUGAGCAGGGGUGGGGGAAGGCGAGCAGGGGAACGGGAGAAAGAGAGGACGAGCAGGGUUAUGGAGCGAGGGAGAGGCAGGCAAGGGAGAGGAAGAGGUAGGGGAGACGGAGGGAGGGUCGGUGACUGGUUGGCAGAUGUGCCAUGCAGUGAGGAGGAAGAAUCAGAAGGGGUAAGAUUUGGGGGGGGGGGGGAGGAGGAGGAGGAGGAGGAGGAGGAGGAGGAGGAGGAGGAGGAGGAGGAGGAGGAGGAGGAGAAGGAGGAGGAGGAGGAGGUGUGUGUGCGAUUUCAAUAUAGUAGUGAGUGUGGGGGCACAGAGGAGGAGGGGCAGGAGGGCAGUGCCGGGGAGAUGGGAAGAUUUGCAUUGGAGGGUAACUGGGUGCAUGUGGUGGUGAAAGGGGAGAAGGCGGAGCGAUUGAGGUUGCAAGAGAUAGUGCAUGUGUGUGUGGUGAGCAGGGAUGGGUUGAAUGCGGUGAACAGUGAGAGUGUGGAAUUCGGGAUGGAGGAUCAGGAGAGAGUGGGAACAGAUGGUGUUAAGUGGGAAGGAGAGGGGGAGCAAGAGGAGGAGGAGGAGGAGGAGGAGGAGGAGGAGGAGGAGGAGGAGGAGGAGGAGGAGGAGGAGGAGGAGGAGGAGGAGGAGGUGGUGGGAGGGGAGGAGGAGGAAGGCACACUGGGGGGUUUACGAGAGGAGGGAGUGGGAGGGGUGGCAGAAGGUGAGGAAGGUGAGGAAGAGGAGGAGCAGUGGAAGCAGGAGCUGUGGAGUGAGUUGGAUAGGAUGGUGGCGGAAGUUCAGGAUGUGGGUGCGGACCACAUGGGUGUUGACCACGUGGGUGAUGACCACGUGGGUGGUCUUGCAAGGGACAUGCAAGCGCAAGCAAGUGGUAUGGAAGAGACGGAGGGACACGUGGGGAGAGGUGAAGGCAGUGACAGGGAGAGAGCAGACGGCAAGGUGGGAGGUGUGGCAUGGGGCCAUGUGCAUGGCAUGGCAACAGGGGACUCACAUGCGCUGGGUAACACGCAUGAAACCCCUCAUGUGGACACGCAUGGGGGGUUGCAGGUAGGGUAUGGGGGGCUCGUGGGGCAUGAGGGGUUGAGGGCGGAGGGGGAGGGGGGCGGGGUGGGAGAGGAGGAGCAGUGUGAAGCAGAAUGGCGCACAGAGCGAGUUCGAGAGGGUGGAAGGGAGCUGGCUAGGGGGUUAGUGAGUGUGGAUGGGAGUGUGGGAGGUGAGGGUGGAAGCACGGCAGCUGCAGGCAGGGACACAGGGCCCUCUGCUCCCUGUGACUGGGGCGGAGAUGACGGGGAUGGUGAUGGUGGGGGUGGUAUACACGAGGCUAUGGGCGAGGAGGUGUGUGGUGCGGGGCAGGUGUCUUGGAGGGGCGAGGAGGAGCAGGCGGGUGGCAUGUGGGGGGAUGGGAACCUGGGGCAGGGCUCUUGUGGAGCAGAUGGGGGAGAGGAGGGUGGAGGGGGAGGAGAGAGGGGAGGAGGAGGGGAUGAUGGAGUUUGUGAGGGAGGAGAUGGUGGGGAUGGUGGGGAUGGUGGGGAUGAAGGGUGGUGGAGCCGAAUGUUUCCUGAUUCUCCCUUAGCACCCAAUGAACAGCCUCACUCUCACCAGCAGCCACCCUGCCUCGAGCUGCACGACAGUGGAAUGACUCUUGGCUCAAUCCAUCCUCCUUCACAGCUACCCCUUGAUGCCCCUCAUGCUCUCUCUCCCCCUGAUCUUCCUGCCGUCCCUUCCCCUCAUGCACAGGCAACCAUGUCCCCUCCUAUAUCCUCUUCCUCUCCCAUGCCUUCUUCCCCUUCCAUACCGCCUCCCCAUUCCGUAACCCUAUUCGCUGCUGCACCCGCUGCUACUGCUGCAGCCGCCAUGCCAUCUCCCUCCCACGCCACCCCCAACGUUCCCCCAUCUUCCGCCCAGACAACGCCUUUCAUCAUGCCCUCUCCCUCCCACACAGCCCUGCCUAUUCCUCCAUCUCCGUCCCCAGCGCCUUGCUCCCUCCUGCCUCACACCCCACACUCACAUACUGCUGCGGCCCUCCCUCCGCCUCCUCCUCCUCCUCUUGUGCCCCAUGCCCCGCCUGUGCCUGCUGUACUAAGUGCGGGUGGGACUGGUGGGGGCGGGACUGGUGGGGGUGGGACUGGUGUGUUAGGGACUCGGACAGACGGCCAAAGGGAGGAAGGCAAGGAUGGAGAGGAGCAGGUGGUGUCUGGGACCAGGCCAAGCGCCCCUGCUGUGAUUGGUGGGGGUGGGGCUGAGGCAGAGGGGCAAGGGAAGGAGGAUUGGGGAGAUGGGGGGUUGGGGGGGGAUGCUGGAGAAGGGAUGGGUGGAAGGGAGGGGUGGGGUGCAGGGGAGGUGGGUGGGAGGUGGGGCAAGCGGCAGAGGGUGGAGGUGGGUUAUGCAUCAGCAGCAAAGCUGAACACCCUAAGCUUGCAAGCCACUGGAAAUACUGCUGGUGAGAGGAGUCGGAGGAGGGAAGAGCAAGGGACGAAUUCAGGAAGGAUGGUGGCUGGGGAAGGGACCGCGGGAGGAGCAACAGAGAGAGGAGAGAGAGGGGAGGAAGUAGGAACCGAUAAUGGCGGGAAGAGGGAGGAGAGACCAGGAGGGAGAGGAGAAUGUGAAGGAGCGAGAGGCACACCUGUUCUGCAGAGGAUGGGGGGAGAGAGGGACGAAAGAGGUGGUGGUGAUGUGAGGAGAGCACGUGAGGAGAAGGGAGGGAGGGGUGUGGAAGGGGAGAGGAGUUUUGAGGGUUCUCGAAAUUCAGGAGGGGAAAGGAGUUGGAGUAAGGUGGAGGGAGGUAGGACUAGGGGCGCGAGAAGGGUUGGCAGCAGCGAAAGGGGUAGCGGUGAGCGGAGAGUGUGGAGAGGUAAUGUGCCAGGUGGGGGCAGUAGGGAAAGGGCUCCUGGAAGCAGGUUGAGGGGAGGGGAGGGGCAUAGGACGAGGGGAGGAGGGGGAGCGAAUGCAGGACGUGAAGUCGGGUCACUUGGGAAGAGGGGGCGAGACGAGAGUGCGGGUGGGGGGAAACGAAGUGAUUGGCGGGAGAGGCGUGGAGAUGGGUGGGAGCGGAGUGGAGAUGGGCGGCAAGAGAGGAGUGGAGAUGGGCGGGAGAGGAGUGGAGAUGGGCGGGAGAGGAGUGGUGAUGGGUUAUGGAAGGAGAUUGCAAAGGAAGGAAAGGAGGAAAGAAUACAGCCAGACAUGGGGCAAGGCAUGGGGUAUGAGGGGAAGGGCACAUUGCGUGUAAAGGGUGGUGAAGAAGCAAAAAUGAGUGAGGAUAAUGUGGGGGCAAGUGGAGCAGAAAAGUUGGAGGUCAAGGGACACGUGGGUCACAAGGAAAGGGAUGACAGGAACAGGGGAGCUAGAAGGGAAGACGACAGUGGAAGAGAGGUGAGAAGGGACGCAGAAGGAAGGGGGUUGAGAAGGGACGAUGAGAGAGCAAGGGGAUUGAGAAGGGACCAUGAGAGAGAAAGGGGAGUGAGAAGGGACGACGUAGGGAAGGGUGUUCAGGCUGAGGGGAUGGCGGGGAAACAGCGGGAACGAGAAGGACAGGGUAGAGGUCGAGAAGAGAGGCAGAGGGAUAUCGAUAGGAGAGCUGGUGGAAGGAAGGAUAGAUUUUGGAACAAGCGGAAGCACUCGAAUGAUUGGGACAGAGGCAGGGUGGUUGAGAGGAGGAGAGAGAGCAAAGAUGGUGGGGCAAGAGAGAGGGACGGGCGGGGUCGAGGCAUGAUGAAGGAGGGGGAAAGUGGGCUGGGGAGAGAUGGAAUGCGUAAAGACAGGGAAGCUGGAAGAAACAUGGUGAGGGAUGAUGAGAGGAUGGGAGGAAGGGGAGAUGGGAGGGUGAGGGAAAGGGAGGAUGGCGAGGGAUUGAAGAGAGGGAGCGAAGGGAGCAGGGAGAACAAGCAGUGGCAUGGUAAGGAUGGAAGGCGAUCGGAGCGGGAGGGUGACUUGGCAAGAGAAAAAGGGAUCACACUCAAUAAGGGAAGAGAGGAUGCAAGGCAUGGAUCGAACAUCCAGCAGGGUGAGAGGAGCUGGAUGCAUGAAAAGAAGGGCUUUAAUGCUCGUGAUGGGGGUUUGAAUGUGAGGGAGAAGGUGGGGGCGAACACAGGAGGAGGGACAGCAGGUGCGGUGGACCAGGAGAGUGUGAGGCGGCGUGGCGAGGGCGAGAGGAGUAACAGCUGUGGGAGUGGUGCGGAACGGAAGCUGACAUUCCGACGGCAAGAAGGGGGGGUGCAUGAAAGAAAGACCGACGAGAGCCAGCAGAGCAAGCAGGAAGGGCGUGUGCACGAGUCGAGAAGAGAGGAAGAGGGGAAGAAAGUGGGAGUGGGUGGGCAGGAGGGUGGUGGAGGUCGUAGAGGGGGUGUGGGGGAGGAGAGCAGCAUGAAGCAGCAUGGGUCUAGGAAGGAUGAAUACACCCAUCAAGUCAAGAACGCUCUUGAGGAGCAUGGCUCUGGCCUGGAGUGCUCCCCACAGGGUGGCUCUGGCAUGGAGUGCUCCCCACAGGAUGGCUCUGGCAUGGAGUGCUCCCCACAGGAUGGCUCUGGCCUGGAGCGCCCCCCAAGGGAUGGCUCUGGCCUGGAGCGCUCCCCAAGGGAUGGCUCUGGCCUGGAGCGCUCCCCAAGGGAUGGCUCUGGCCUGGAGCGCUCCCCAAGGGAUGGCUCUGGCCUGGAGCGCUCCCCAAGGGAUGGCUCUGGCCUGGAGCGCUCUCCAAGGGAUGGCUCUGGCCUGGAACGUUCCCCAAGGGAUGGCUCUGGCCUGGAGCGCUCCCCAAGGGAUGGCUCUGGCCUGGAGCGUUCCCCAAAGGAUGGCUCUGGCCUGGAGUGCUCCCCAAGGGAUGGCUCUGGCCUGGAGCGCUCUCCAAGGGAUGGCUCUGGCCUGGAGCGCUCCCCAAGGGAUGGCUCUGGCCUGGAGCGCUCCCCAAGGGAUUUCUCUGGCCUGGAGCGCUCCCCAAGGGAUGGCUCUGGCCUGGAGCGCUCCCCAAGGGAUGGCUCUGGCCUGGAGCGCUCCCCAAGGGAUGGCUCUGGCCUGGAGCGCUCUCCAAGGGAUGGCUCUGGCCUGGAGCGCUCCCCAAGGGAUGGCUCUGGCCUGGAGCGCUUUCCAAGGGAUGGCUCUGGGCUGGAGCGCUCCCCAAGGGAUGGCUCUGGCCUGGGGCGCUCCCCAAGGGAUGGCUCUGGGCUGGGGCGCUCCCCAAGGGAUGGCUCUGGCCUGGAGCGCUCCCCAAGGGAUGGCUCUGGCAUGAUGUGA